CACGCGAAAAGUGACGACGAUCUCGCCGAAAGCCGGCAGUCGAGUGCCUGUGUGUCAUAAUAUCAUUAAUAAAAAUAUAAAACAAUAAUAGUCGGUGGUGGUGGCUUUGCUGUGUGGCAACAGCACAAUUGCACUUCCAUCUGAGAUCUGAAAUCUGAAAUCCGAACCGAAACCCACCAGUCACCUCUGAUGCGUGCCUCCGAGCGGUGCGAUCGGUGCGCUUUUCUUACUUUCCUCCUUUUUUCUCAAUUAUUUUUUUUUGUUUGGUGCUUGUGAGUUGAGUGGAAAAGCGGAAAAGUGCCGGUAAAAUGCACGUGGAGGAGCUGAGGUCUAGUCUGCAGAGCUUCGGAUGGCUGGACUAUCUGGUCUUCUGCCUUAUGUUGGCCAUUUGCGCCGUAAUCGGGAUAUAUUUCUGCCUUCAACUGCGAAGGGAGUCCAGGAAACAGAAGGCCCAUGGUUCCGAGGAGGCGGCCAGUAGUGCUGCCUCCUAUUUGGUGGGCGGCAGGCAGAUGAAGAUCUUCCCCAUCACCAUGUCACUGAUAUCAAGCUUUAUAUCUGGUAUUACGCUUUUGGGAACUCCCACGGAGGUUUAUCUUUAUGGUGCUCAGUACAUGUACAUCAUGGGAUCUUUGGUCCUUAUGGGCUUUUGCAUGUAUUACUUCUUCCUGCCAGUCUUCCACGAACUCAAUUUGAUAUCCACAUAUAAGUAUUUGGAACAGCGAUACAAUAGAAGUUUGAGGCUUUUUGGAUCCGUCAUGUUUAUUGUGGCCUCGCUCCUUUGGCUUCCAAUAGUGAUCUAUGUGCCGGCUAUAGCCUUCAAUCAGGCCACCGGAGUAAAUAUCCAUAUUGUAACCCCUAUUGUUUGUGUGGUUUGCAUCUUUUAUACCUGCAUUGGAGGUCUAAAGGCGGUGGUUUGGACGGACGUCAUCCAGACUUUGAUCAUGUUUGGGGCGAUGGCCCUGGUUUUGGUCAAGGGAACCAUGGAUAUCGGAGGACCCGGAGUUGUGUGGCGAAAGGCCCAGGAGACGGCUCGACUGGAGAGACCCAAUUUCAGUGGGGAUCUGAGUGAGCGUUAUACGUUCUAUUCCCUGGUUUUGGGCGGUGUAGCCCAUUGGCUCAAGUCGAAUGCAAUCAGUCAGAAUAUGAUACAGAGAUACUUGUCGCUGCCAACGCUUCGAGAUGCACGGAUUGCCAUAUGGACUUUCAUAGCUGGCGUUCUGGCCUUCCUGAUGAUCUGUGGCUAUACGGGUCUUUUAAUCUAUGCCACCUAUGCCCAGUGUGAUCCCUUGGAAACCAAAUUGGCCCAGAGGAAUGAUCAGCUCUUGCCGCUUUUGGUGAUGGAAACUUUGGGCGACUAUCCGGGAUUACCUGGUGUUUUUGUAGCCGGAGUUUUCAGUGCAGCACUAUCUUCUUUAUCGACGGGAUUGAACUCCCUAUCUGCCGUGGUUCUGGAGGAUUUCGUGAAGACCUCUAGGAAGAGUCCACUGAGCGAGGGACAAACCGCUUUUGUCAUGCGCAGUGUGGUCGUCGUAUUUGGCUUUAUUUUCGUGGCUCUGGUUUUUGCUGUGGAGAAGUUGGGUGCCGUUUUGCAGCUGACCAUCACCCUUUCAUCGGUGGCAAAUGGACCACUUUUGGGAAUCUUCACCGCCGGCGUUAUGUUGCCAUGGGUUAAUUCCAAGGGAGCUCUGCUCGGAGGAUUCAGCUCUUUGAUUGUGAUGGCCUGGAUGUGUGUGAGUGCCCAGCGGGAUCUGGUCACCGGGGAUCUCGUCUACAAGAGGAAGCCAUAUUCCACGAUGGGCUGCAAUUACACGUUUGCCGGAGAGCCCCGGGAGUUCGCCAGUCUGGCAUUAGAUGGUAACAUCAGUUCCAACCCGAGUGCUCCCUUCCAGCUGUACCGCAUCUCGUAUCUCUAUUUCACACUCUUCGGAGCCCUGGUCACCAUUGUAGUGGCCCUGGUCACCAGUCUCCUGCUCCGGGAAUCGGACUUGGAUGGAGUGGAUACCCGUCUGCUCACACCGUUCGUGAGGCGCUGGUUGGAGCGACGUCGUCAUCGCCGAUCAGAGAUUCCAGAUCCUGGCCAAAAGGCCGUCAACAAACAGGAGACGAAAACGUGAAGGGGAUAAGGCGGCGGUUCGUGGAGAUGGAGAAGGCUGACCGGCAUCAUCCUGGCAAUGUUCCUUUCGGUAGCUUAGCAAAUAUUUAAAAUAAAACACAAUUCAUAAUUA